AGCACCAAUCGCAUCUUCCCCCCUGUUUCUGCCUAAUCACUAGAGCGAGUAGCCGAGCAACUCUGUUGCUGCUCAUCGUCUGUCGUCUCUGUUCUCGCCGUCGCCCACAGAACCCUCAGUAUCCCUCCUCGUGCCUUUUCUUCUUUACGUCAUCCACAUCGUCAUCCCCCUCGCUCUCAACCCGCAACUGCUAUAAGAGUCGGAGAGAUACAGAGGGGAAGGCAGGGCGGUGGAGAGAUGGAGGGAGCGAUGCGAACGCCAGCGAACUACGUGCCGCUGUCUCCGAUCAGCUUCCUGGAGAGAGCGGCGGCGGUGUGCAGGGAUGACACCUCUGUCGUUUACGGCUCAGUGAGGUUCACCUGGAGGGAGACGCGGGAUCGGUGCGUCAGGCUCGCCUCCGCCCUCUCUUCCUUGGGCAUUUCUUCCACCGACGUCGUUGCUGCAUUAGCUCCAAACAUCCCUGCAAUGUAUGAGCUUCAUUUUGGUGUGCCAAUGGUGGGAGGAGUACUUUGUACGCUUAAUACACGGCAUGAUGCGGCAAUGCUGUCUGUCCUCCUGCGUCACUCUGAAGCAAAGGUUAUUUUUGUUGACUAUCAGUUCCUUGAAGUUGCUCGUGAAACCCUCAAGCUGCUGUCCAAAUCAACGACCAAGGUACCUUUGUUGAUUGUGAUCAAGGAACUGGACAAAGUGGUGGCUUCAACUGCAAUAGUUCCAUCCAAUGAAUUGGAUUAUGAGGUCCUUCUUGAAAAUGCAGAUACAGAAUUUCAAAUCAAGUGGCCUAAAGAUGAAUGCCAGCCCAUCUCCCUGAAUUAUACUUCUGGUACUACAUCUGCACCAAAAGGUGUGGUAUAUAGUCACAGGGGGGCUUAUCUCAACUCACUGUCUGUGAUAAUUUUUAAUGCAAUGGGCUCAAUGCCAGUCUACCUAUGGACAGUCCCUAUGUUCCACUGCAAUGGUUGGUGCUGCGCAUGGGCUGUGGCUGCUCAAGGUGGCACAAAUGUGUGCUUUAGAAGUGUCAGUGGAAGAGCCAUAUUUGAUCAAAUUGCUGCGCACAAGGUCACACACAUGGGAGGUGCACCGACAGUAUUGAAUAUGAUAGUAAAUUCUCCUCCUUCAGAUCAGAAACCAUUGCCUGGCAGAGUUGUCGUGAGUGUUGGGGGGGCACCCCCUCCACCAAAAGUAUUAUUCAAAAUGGAGGAGUUUGGUUUUCAUGUUAUUCACUCCUACGGACUGACAGAAACUUAUGGUCCCGGUACUGUUUGUGAAUGGAAACCGCAGUGGAAUUCUCUGGAUGCAGAAAGACGAGCAAAGCUAAAGUCAAGACAAGGGUUGCAACAUCAAACUAUGCAAGCGGUGGACAUCAAGAAUCCAAUUACCAUGGAGAGUGUCCCUGGAGAUGGCAUCACAAUGGGCGAGGUGAUGUUUAAGGGCAACACUGUAAUGAGUGGCUACCUAAAAGAUACAAGGGCCACAGAGCAAGCCUUCGAAGGUGGAUGGUAUCGAACUGGUGAUCUUGCUGUCCGGCAUCCUGAUGGUUACAUCGAACUGAAGGACCGCUCAAAAGAUGUAAUAAUAACAGGAGGUGAAAACGUCAGCACAAUCGAGGUGGAAUCAGUGAUAUUUAGCCAUCCAUCUGUCCUAGAUGCAGCAGUGGUUGGUAGACCAGAUGAACAUUGGGGAGAGACCCCAUGCGCAUUUAUAAAGUUAAAAGAAGGGCAUAAGGUUGAUGCUGCAGAAAUUAUUCAGUUUUGCCGAGCCAAGUUGCCUCACUAUAUGGCUCCACGAACUGUGGUAUUUGAAGAUGAUCUGCCGAAAACUUCAACCGGAAAGACCAAGAAGUUUUUGCUCAAGGAGAAAGCAAAAGCAAUGGGCGGCCUGACCGGAAAAAAGUUCAGCAAAUUGUAGUAUGCCUGUAGGCCAAAAAGGAAAACAGUUUGAUGGCUCUGUCAUUUGUUCUUCUUUCGCUUUCUUUUUAGAAUAAAAAAGUUAAGUGUCCCUGUUUAAUUCCA